AUGGACAAAGAUGGAAUGAGACAUUUGCUUAAAGAGCACAACGAACAAGGCUGGGAAGCUAUUUGGAGGCUGAGUGACAAACCGCCAUGGGACAAUGGAGAUGUGCAGCCACUGCUCAAGCAUUAUUUGGAGAAAGGUGCACUACACCUCCCAGAGCCUAAUAGGAACGUGAAAGUGCUGGUUCCAGGCUGCGGAAAGGGAUAUGAUGCUAUAUACUUUGCAAAAAUGGGUUAUUCUACUACAGGUAUGGAUAUAUCACCAGAGGGUGUGAGAUUAGCGACGGAAUUAGCCGAGGGAGUGGAAGGUGUGCAGUUCAAGUGCGCAGACUUCUUCGUUGAGGAGGAAGAAUACGACGUCGUUUACGAUUACACUUUCUUCUGUGCACUGCCAUUAGAGAGGAGAGGUGAAUAUGCAGACAAGAUGAAGCGCACAGUCAAGCAAGGUGGAGUGCUAAUAACAUUGGUAUUCCCUAUAAAGGAAGAGUUGGUGGAUGGUGUUGAGCAAGGACCCCCAUUCGGAUAUACACCUGAAUUAUAUAAGGAUAUCUUAGGUGAUGGGUUUGAGUGUGUACUGGAUGAGUACCCGCCAAUCACAACAGAAAACAGAGAUAAAAAGCGUAUGAAUGUGUUUUUGAGGAAAGAGAUCAAAUAA